AUGGCCGCCAGUCUUCAAGAAAUGUACCCCAAGAGAAAGUUGGAGUUGGAGGAUAUCACCAACAGACACAAGAAGGCGAAACAGGGCAAGGAGUACUUCCACCAACUGCAAAUGCAGCCACAGCCACUCCAAGAGAGACUGCCAUCUCCGUCGUCGCCUUCGUCUUCGUCCCUGCCUCCUCUGAAACAGAGGUCGAAGUCCGUGUCGUUUGAGCUCUCCAAGAACGAGCACUAUGAGAACCUGCCUCUUUUGACGCCCAAGGAAGACGACUUUGUUUCUGACACAGAGUACAACCAGCACCGCUCGGAGUCCUCCGAACAGCAGCUAGACAGAAACCCAGACUACGUUGCCUUGGGCGCCACGGCAGAUAUGCUACACAUGACGAAAGAGAAGAUUGAAGACGACUUGGCCGAGCUCCUCUCCCUCCGGAAGGCUGCCAAGGUCGAGUCCAAGCUGGCCUUGGUCGACUUUUACGUCCGUCUCAUCUGCAACGACAAGCUGCACAACUCCUCCUUCUCCAGCUUGCCUCAACAGCAUCGCAUCGUGUCAGCACCCCACAUCAACUGGGGCAAAUACCACAAGGGGUUGCAAAACGCCUCUAUAUCUCACGACUGUACGAACGAUUACGAAAAGGUGUUCAAAGGGUUGAAGAUGUUUCCAAAUUAG